CAUGGAUCGUGAACUGAGCGACGUUUCACCUGGGGCUUUAACCACUGCAAGCAAGCGCAAGCCCCGAGUAUCUCUUGCCUGCGAGCAAUGUCGCACACGAAAGGUUCGCUGUGAUGGACAGAACCCGUGCUCUGGGUGCCAGCAUUCCGGAACCUCAUGUGUCUACCGAAACCCGAGACGUGAGAGGAAGCAGGCAGUGCGCGGCGUUAACCAGCAGCUACCUACAUUGAUCUCCUCUUCUGAUAACGUUGGGUCGUCGCUUGAUAUCACUGCACCUGUCUCGGAAGCAACCCGAAUUGAUGCUGCACCGGCUCGCUUGCUGAAUGAUCCGGUGCACUAUAAGCGGCAGCGUGAACUGCGCGCUGGGAUCGGUGUUUCUAACAAAGAUACUGGCUCUUUUCAAUUUUACGGACCGUCCUCACAUUUCUGCUUUAUCCAGCGCAUCUACCAACGUAUUAAACGCAGAACCCACGAAACGUUAUUGACACCUCAGCGCAGCCCCGUUCCCGAAAGCGUGGGUAAAUGGGGCCUCGAGCGGUUUAUGUUCUCAUUGAGUCCGGGUAACGAUGUUACCAAUUGCCAACUCAACGCUUGUUUCCCCAGAGAGUUAGGAGACGCCUUCAUCAAAUCCUUUUUCGAACUGAUACAUCCACAGAUACCGGUGUUAGUAUAUUCAGAAAUCCUGGAAUUAUGGGACAGGAUGUGGCAGCCACCGUCUAAACGAACUCCUCUCAGAGGCGAAGAGCUGCUACUUAUGGUUCUAGCAAUUGGAGCGCGAGUAUCAAGUUUUGAAGGGCGGCAAGAUGUCAAUGUGUCCGAAGGUUGGGCUGCAUAUUUUUCAAAGAAGGCUGAUGACGUGACCAAUUUAUUUGAGAACCCGAGUCUGCUCUCAACGCAUUUUCUGGUUCUUAAGGCUAUGUAUGGUUUCCAAGUAAUGCGGCCUAAUGAUGCUUAUCUCUACCUUGGACAUGCUGCGCGCAAUGCAAUGGCCCUCGGGAUCAACCGCUCACAAGUCGUUGACGGCGCCAACCUCGCAAUGCAUCGAUUAAGACGCACAUUCUGGGUGAUAUACUCCCUUGAACGAUCCUGCACAUUGUAUACGGGUCGUCCAUCGGCGUUCCGGGAUGAACUGAUCGAUGUGCCGUACCCGGAAGAUCUACCAUCACCUGGGGUAAGUGGUGGCUCAGAUGUGGCGGACUUCCAAUCCUCUGUGGCCACCAAAUGUGGUUAUAUUCGGGCCCUGGCUCGUAUUGGCAAAAUUGCUGACAGGAUCUUCGUGGACAUUUAUUCUUCAAAAAGCCUCUCAAAUGUGACGGAUAUAACCAAGUCUCGCCAGGCCGUAAUGGAAUGUGACAUGGAAUUGGAGUCUAUCACCACCAGCCUGCCGCCAUAUUUGCAUUUUUUCGAUCCGGAUAUCCCUGUUGGUGAUGGGUGGCAGGAGGUACAACGGAUAUUGCUGGGUUGCCAUUACUACAUCACUCGUAUACUGAUGCACCGCCAAGCGCUAGUCUUUGCGACCUUUUUCAACUCAAAAGCGGAGGCAGAGGAGCGUGGAGGAGGUGCGAUGCAUGUCCAUGACUCGAUCGAUGCGUCUAUCUCUUCGGCGAGAUCUAUGAUUGACCUGAGUCAUAACGCUUACUCUCGUCGAUGUCCGAAGAUAAGAUUCGAUGGGUCAAUGGCUUCAUUUUUAGUCUCCGCUCUCGUGACGUUGCUUUAUGAUGUGUUAGAUCCCGGGACGAGCCCGGAAUAUGCAAGGGAAACAUUUAGUGUAGUUGAACGUGGUAUCCAAUGCCUCGACCAGCUUCAACACGUGGGGCCGAUCAAUGGCAAGGCUUUGAGCUUGGAUAUCAUGAAGGUCGCCAAAGAUGCGCUUCAGUCGUCCCGAGCCGAUAGUCAACUGGAUGAAGACUUGGUCGACUUAUUCCCGUGGUUGCAAAGUGGCAACAAUCCAGUAAACCAGGAUGGUUUUACUGUUCAAGGAUCAGAUGUCUCGGCACCAUACGUUCAGGAACAGACGAUCUCGGGGCCGCAGGACUUCAUACCCUCGUUGUCAACAUUACCCGAGGUGAACUAUAUGUCGCAUUGGCUGGAAGCGGGCUUUGAUCCGGAGGACAUCCCAAACUCAUUGUACUAAUCGGGUGUGCUAUUGGACAACGGUUGUAUCUAUAACCAUAUUAAUUAGCAUUAACUUAACC